GCCCAGACCAUGCUGGCCUGCCUGCAGAGGACCCAGAACCCCCCAGCCCAGCACCUCCCCUGCCCCAACAAGGCGCUGGAGCCACGCAAGUGUGAGACGGCCCCCAUGCAUUCCCCGCGCUACCCCAGCCCCGCCGAGCUGGACGCCUACGCACAGAAGGUGGCCAACAGCCCGCUGACCAUCAAGAUCUUCCCCACCAACAUCAGGGUCCCCCAGCACAAGCACCUUAACCGGACGGUGAACGGCUACGACACCACGGGGCAGAGGUACAGCCCCUACCCCCUGCACGCCGGCGGCUACCAGGGGCUGCUGGCCAUCGUCAAAGCCUCCGGCAAAAGCGUGGUGAAGAACUCGGAGGGGAAGCGGACUAAGCUCUCACCUGCCCAGGUGGGCGUCGCUCCCUACCCCGCCUCAAGCACUUUAGCUCAAGGUCCCUCCUGCGCCGGGCAGCUGAGCUACCACGGCGGCCAGAAGCAGCUGGAGGGUCCCGUGCCCCCCAACGUGACGGUGGCGGCCUCGGUGCUGCCGCUGGCGGGCAGGAGCCUGGCCCUGCCGCCCUCCAACCUGCCCUCCAUCCAGAGCAUCAUCUACCAGAUCAAUCAGCAGUGCCAGGCGCAGGGUGCCCAGCCCGGCUGCCCGGCCGUGGUGGCCGCUCACCCCAGCCCGGCCAAGCACGGCGCCUUCGGCCCCGGCUACGGUGGCACCGUCCUGCCCGAGUGCCGCAAGGGCGCCGAGCUGGCGCUGGGCUCCAACCCGGCCACCGCCGCCACCCUGGGACCCAAGGCGGGCGUUUACCCCGAGGGCAUGGACUACCUGGUGUGGCAGCAGAAGCAGCAGCAGCAGCACCUGCGAAUGUACAGCGGGGGCAGCGGCGGAGCCCUCAGCAAAUCCCCCGAGACGUGCGCGGGCGCCUCGCGGCCCUACGGCCUGAGCGGCGCCGCCGACAAGGUGAGCUCGUCCCCCUUGAACUGCAUGCACGGCAACUUCGCCGUGGGGCAGUACUUCGCUCCGCCCUGGAACAGCAUCCUGGUGACCCCCAACAGCGACUGUUACAACCCACCGGAGCUGGGGGCCGGGCCCCGCGAGCUGGGGGUGCCCCCGGCCGAGGGGCUGCCCAGCAAGACCCUCUGCAAUACCUCCAUCCUCAGCAGCAGCCUCCAGUCCCUGGAGUAUCUCAUCAACGACAUCCACCCGCCCUGCAUCAAGGAGCAGAUGCUGGGCAAGGGCUACGAGACCGUGUCUGUGCCAAGGCUCUUGGACCACCAGCACGCCCACAUCCGCCUGCCCGUCUACAGAUAAGGGAGCGAUGCUGCUCUUCCC